ACACUCUAACAGAUCUUCGCACUAACUCUCACAUACCUGUGGUGCUUAUGAAUUAUUGGCCUCCUACUUGUGAAACAAAUCUAACACUGUCCUCACCACUUACAGUCAAAAAAAAAGACUGAACUGAAGAAGAGUGGAAAUAUAAUGACAAUAUUUCUUUCUUGCAUAAGAAAAAGGUUUUGCCUAUAAUAAAUUCACUGAGCAAGACAUACAGACUUCUGUCCAAUGCUAUGAAAAUUAACCAAGACAUAUUAACUUCAGGAAAUCUUCAAAGGACAGAGAAAGAAGCUGUAACAAACAAUUCUGGAGACUUUGAAGCAGCGCCACAGUACUGAGGUCUUUGACUGACAAGGCUUCUGCUUUCUUCUUCUCACAGGGCUCCUCCUACAGAUGUUCUGAACACGUCUGCAUCUCAGCAAUAUUUUACUGCACCCAGGUCUUGAAAGCUAGAGCUCAGGCACUUCUGAACCAGUCUUUUUAUUGAAAUACUCGAACUACUAUGAAGUCUUCUUGGUUUGCAGUCAUCUUGGCAGUGCUCAGUACUGCAUUGCUAACAAGUCACUGUUCCACCAUCAAGUCCCCAAGGUUCAGAGGACGUGUGCAACAGGAGCGAAAAAAUAUCAGACCAAAUAUCAUCCUUGUACUCACAGAUGAUCAAGAUGUGGAGCUAGGGUCCUUGCAAGUGAUGAAUAAAACCAGAAGGAUUAUGGAGAAUGGAGGGGCCUCUUUUAUCAAUGCGUUUGUAACAACCCCAAUGUGCUGCCCAUCGCGUUCCUCCAUGCUGACUGGGAAGUAUGUACACAACCACAACAUAUACACCAACAACGAAAACUGCUCUUCUCCCUCAUGGCAGGCUACUCACGAGCCACGUACCUUUGCUGUGUAUCUCAAUAACACUGGGUAUAGAACAGCUUUUUUUGGGAAAUACCUCAAUGAAUACAAUGGCAGCUACAUCCCUCCUGGGUGGAGAGAGUGGGUUGGAUUAGUGAAGAACUCUCGCUUCUAUAAUUACACCAUUUCUCGCAAUGGUAACAAAGAGAAGCAUGGAUUUGAUUAUGCAAAGGACUACUUCACAGACCUAAUCACUAAUGAGAGCAUUAAUUACUUCAGAAUGUCUAAGAGGAUAUAUCCCCAUAGGCCCAUAAUGAUGGUCAUCAGCCAUGCCGCGCCCCAUGGCCCCGAGGAUUCUGCUCCGCAGUUCUCAGAGCUUUACCCCAAUGCUUCACAGCAUAUCACUCCCAGCUAUAACUAUGCACCAAACAUGGAUAAGCACUGGAUUAUGCAGUACACGGGGCCCAUGCUGCCUAUCCACAUGGAGUUUACAAAUGUCUUGCAGCGCAAAAGGCUUGGCUAUUUGUGUAGUUCUUCCUAUGCUGUGUUGCAGUUAUACCAAAUGCUUGCAGAGAUGGGAGAACUGGAGAAUACCUACAUUAUUUACACUGCUGACCAUGGUUACCAUAUUGGGCAGUUUGGACUGGUCAAGGGGAAGUCAAUGCCGUAUGACUUUGAUAUUCGAGUUCCUUUCUUUAUUCGUGGUCCAAGUGUAGAGCCGGGAUCAGUAGUGCCUCAGAUAGUUCUGAAUAUCGAUCUUGCUCCAACGAUUCUGGAUAUAGCAGGACUUGACACACCUCCAGAUAUGGAUGGCAAAUCCGUCCUAAAGCUUCUGGACUUGGAAAGACCAGGAAACAGGUUUCGAACAAACAAGAAGAUCAAAAUUUGGCGUGACACAUUUCUGGUGGAAAGAGGCAAAUUUCUGCGCAAGAAGGAGGAACCCAACAAAAACACUCAGCAGUCUAAUCAACUACCAAAAUAUGAGAGAGUAAAAGAAUUGUGCCAACAAGCAAGGUACCAGACAGCCUGUGAGCAACCAGGACAG